AUGGCUGCUAUUGAAGUUGAAUCUUAUCCACGUCGGUCGCCAAAGUAUUUACCUGGAGAACCGUCGAGGAAAGUUAAGCGUGAGUCGGAAAAAGGAACGUUGGAACCUACUCCUCCUCCCACCGAUGGGAUAAAGAAUUAUUAUAUGAACAAAAUCGAUGAGCAUCAAUUUAUUUACACUGAAAAAGUGCUCAACUUGAGAAGACUAGAGGCUCAACGAAACGAGCUAAACGCUAAGGUUCGCAUGCUUCGAGAAGAACUACAGCUGCUGCAAGAACAGGGCUCAUUUGUCGGAGAAGUUGUAAAAGCUAUGGAUAAAAAGAAAGUGUUAGUUAAAGUACAACCAGAAGGAAAAUAUGUUGUGGAUAUUGAUAAAAACAUUGAAAUAUCCCAGAUAUCUCCAAAUUGUCGUGUGGCUCUCCGAAGCGACAGUUACACGUUGCAUAAAAUUUUACCAAGCAAAGUUGACCCCCUUGUGUCUCUAAUGAUGGUAGAAAAGGUCCCAGACUCUACUUAUGAGAUGAUUGGAGGCUUAGAUAAGCAAAUCAAGGAAAUUAAGGAAGUCAUUGAGCUUCCUGUAAAGCAUCCGGAGCUUUUUGAUGCUCUAGGAAUAGCACAGCCCAAAGGCGUGUUGCUAUACGGGCCACCAGGUACAGGUAAAACCUUAUUAGCUCGUGCUGUUGCUCAUCAUACUGAAUGUACAUUUAUUCGUGUCAGUGGUUCUGAACUUGUCCAAAAAUUCAUCGGUGAAGGAGCUAGAAUGGUUCGGGAAUUAUUUGUUAUGGCACGGGAACAUGCACCUUCCAUCAUCUUCAUGGAUGAAGUUGAUUCAAUAGGAUCCACUAGAUUGGAAAGUGGCACAGGGGGAGAUAGUGAAGUUCAACGGACUAUGUUGGAGUUGCUCAAUCAGUUGGACGGGUUCGAACCCAAACAAAAUAUAAAGGUUAUCAUGGCAACAAAUCGUAUAGACAUACUUGAUUCAGCUCUUCUGAGACCUGGUCGAAUUGAUCGAAAAAUCGAAUUCCCAGCUCCAAAUGAAGAAGCUAGAUUAGAUAUCCUGAAAAUACAUUCUCGAAAAAUGAACUUAACGAGAGAUAUUGACCUGCGCAAGUUAGCGGAAUCGAUGCCUGGUGCAAGCGGUGCAGAAGUGAAAGGAGUGUGUACGGAAGCCGGUAUGUAUGCUCUACGCGAACGCCGGGUUCACGUUACUCAAGAAGACUUUGAAUUAGCAGUUGCUAAGGUGAUGCAAAAAGAUUCUGAGAAAAACGUAUCCAUCAAGAAACUUUGGAAAUAA